UUUAGAACAACAGCCUUUUCGUGGACGAAGCGUAAUCCAUUGGUCCUUGUCGGAAGAACUCCUCCUGCACCUUUUUUGCCGCACGGUCGCAUUGCGUAGUGCCUCUUCAAGCUUGAUUUCACCAGCAAUUGCAAAAUGGCCCUGCUGGCAGCGGGUCGCAGGCUGCCUCUAGUGCGGGACCUCUCGGCGCUUGCCAUCAUCACGAGGCGGGAAGCCGGGACUGGCAGCUCAUGGCUCACCUCCGCGCUGAUGAGCACCUCUAGCAGCUCCAGCGGCGGCAGCGCCAGCGCCAGCGGGGGAGCGGACGCGCCUGACGCGGCCAAGACGCCCGCUGCGAGCCCCGAUGCCGAUGGCGACAAGCAGCCCGUGGCCACCGCACCCGCGACGGUUCCGGAGUCCGCCAGCUCCUCUCCUGCCACCCGCGACGACGAGGGGGACUGGACGGAGGUGGUGCACGCCUCGGGCCAGGUGUAUUACUGGAAUCAGCGGACCGGCGAGACCACGGAGCUGGGGCAACCCAAGCCAGGAGGCCGCGGCGGCGGCAGCGGCGGGGGCGAGGGCGGCGGCGCGGGAGCGGGAGCGGGACCGGGAGCUGGCGCCGGGGGCUCGGAGGGCUCUGGGGCGGGCGGCGGCGCAGGUGCGGGCGGCGGCGCGGGUGUGCACGCCGACCCCCGUGCGGAGGCGCCGCUGGAGGACCGGACGGGCACAUAUGCGGCGGUGGGCAUCGUCGUGGGCGCCUUCCUGGGCUGGGUGUCGCAGUUUGUGUAGUCAAGGACUUGUGUUGCGGGUCGCUAGCAGGGUACAUUCAGUUCGUAUGAAGAACGCGUUGCGAGCGAGCGCGCCGCGUGUUAUCAAAAUAGCAAGGACAUGACAGCAAGGGGAUAUAAGCAGGGCGUGAAGAGGAGAGGGAGGCAGUACCGAAGUAGGCAGGCUGGGGAAUGGACAGGGGGCAUCUUUGCGGAGGCCCUCGGUAUCGGGAAGUGAUGGGCUUAUGGUGCCGGAUGCUGGUGUGGACAUGGCUGCCUCAAGGCGGGAGGGCGAAGGCAGGCAGGGCCGAGGAACGGGCCGAGGACCAGGUCGCCAGCCGAGCGCGAAGAUAGAUUGCGGGGUACUGUGUCGGUGUAGCGCGCAUUUUACAAUGUAGAUGAAGACACAGCACAUAGGACGUGGCGAUGGCACUCAGCUACCGGUAUUCUCUGGACGCUAGUAUCAGCGGCGUACACGGCGUCAGUGCGUACAUGUUCCGUAUGUCUUGCAGGCCACAUUGGGCCCAGUGGUGCAAGCUCCCGUAAGCUGCGUUGGCGGCGUACACAGGGGCAAGAAGAGCGCGGUGCCCCUGACGCGUAGGCGGUAGGGACAGGGCAGCUGUGCUAAGAAAGGGCUGCGCACACACGCCCGCUGCGUGGCGACGCGGGGGUUGGUGUAACACGUACAGACACGACAGGUAGGGGCGAUGCUUGUUGGAACCCUCUCCCGCUGUCCCGCUCCUGUGUGGCGCAUGGAUGGGCGUCGCAGGGGGCUCUGCGCGGGCUUUUUCACCGCGUGUGCUUUGCGGUCCUGCCUGUCUUGCGGGGGCAUCAAGUGGGAGCGAUGGAGCGGACGCGGACUCUUGGGGAGAACCGCCAAGCCACGGCAAGCCUCUAGUCUGUGUUUCAGUUGGCUAAACGUCAAAGCGAUUCAGGCGUUGAGGCGUGUAGCAGACCCUGCAAGGAGGGCGGCCGCCGACCCACGCGGUGACGUCGUGCGCCCGCCCCCCCCAUUGCGACCCACGGGGCGCUAGAGGCGGAGGGCCAAGACCCGCCCGGCCCUUUGGUCGCUACGGGCUUUCUCUUGUUUUUCCCUGCUCUUGUCGUAACCAUUUUGCACCAUUGUAAUCUUACCCAUUG